AUGCUCGGUCCAGGCGCGCCCUGCGCGCGCGAGUCGCCUGGCCGCCAGGGGUCCUGUCCAGGCUCUGGCUGCCCCUUCCAGACACAGACACAUGUUGGGGAGGUCUGGAGGAACUACUCCCGCAAAGUUGAGACAGACCCCGUUCCCACCAAGGCCUUGACCAGCCUGUUUGGGUUCAUGCUCGGUGAUUUCCUGGCGCAGAGGAUGGAGGGCAGGCCCUUUAACCCUCUCAGGUGUUUGCGUCUUGGGAGUUACGGACUGACUGUCGACGGGCCGAUCGGCCACAUGUGGUACAAGCUGCUGGACAAAUUUGUGUACCCCAACGACCCUCAGUGCAAUGCAGCAGUGCUGCUGAAGACAGCGGCCGACCAGCUGCUGUGGGCGCCCGUCAUGACAUGCGUCUACUUUGCUUUCCUGCGCACUGUCGAGGGCCAUCCAGAGCUCAUCACAUCCACCAUCCAGGCAAAGCUAGUCCAGACUGUGGUGGCCAACUAUGUGCUGUGGCCUGCCGCACACUACAUCAACUUUAAAUUUGUGCCAACACAGCACCGCAUCCUGUACAACAAUGUGGUGAGCAUCUUCUGGAAUGCGUUUCUGUCUACGCUGUCGCAUGCGCCGACCAUCGAGCCCACCUCGUUCAUGGACUCGUUCCAGCAGUACGCUGACAAUCUGCCGCAGCCGCUGCACGAGCGCGCGGCCGAGUUUGUAGACAGCAUCUACAAGACGAGCCUGCCGCUGCACGAGCGGGCUGCAGAGUUUGCCGACUCCCUGAAGCUGCCCAUGGGGACUGACCUGUCGAAGCUGAAGCUGCCCAGCAGCAUCAAGGUGUCACCGACCCGAGUGUUCCCUGAGUCUUUGUGGAUGGACAACUGGGACUGA